CUUGCCACCGUUUCCUAAAGACGCUUAAAGUUUGGAAUUUUGAGAUGAACUAGGUUUGGGAUAUUUCUCAGCCAAUACGUGUUUAUUUAUUUCAUUGUAAACACAUAAGGGUCCAGGAAUAAGUUCCUACGUGUGUUCCGCAGAAACAAGGACACAAUAGACAGGGCUGUGCUUAAGUUUCGUUUCUCCGGUAUGGACGGGAGUCUGAUGAGUAAGUCGGUUUGACGCCGAGCCCUGUCAUUUAACUGCGCUGUGAGUGUGUGAGAGACUACAUCCGCACUACAUCCUCACUGCACUGGACUACUGGAGCGAUUUAUCCCUUAAAUAUGCGGCUUUCUCACUCUGAGGUCCGGGCUGUCGGUCUGGACUUUAUUGAGUAUUUACACGAGACGCAGAGAUUCAGUGUUACUCAGAGAGAUGAGCUUCAGCACAUCUACAAACACGAGUUCAGGAACAGACAUGGUGGCAAAGAACCCAACUUCUCUUCACUGCUUUACGUCCUCAAGAAGAACAACAGAGCUCGCGUCACCCGGAGCCGACAGGUUUAUUUUAGUGCUAAUGUGCGAGUGUUAAAGGACCAGUGGUGGAGACCUAGAGACAGUCAGCCAAGUGCUAGCACUGCCAUUCUAAGCAACUCAAGAUCUCCACCAUCUAAUGAUGCUCUGCAAGCAUCCUCUCCACCUGCUGGACCUGAGGGUGGUGUUAGAGCCAGAAGGAAACUGGCUCAGGAGAUCCUCAAGAAGCUCACUAAUGAGAGAUCAUUGUUUGUGGCUGACAAAAAUGGAGUUCGGGUCCACCCUGAGAUGGAGAUGGAGAUGGUGGAUGGGAGAAUGUGCUUGUGUGUGGACAGUGCAGAGGUUUAUGAGUGGAAGGUGUUUGUUGAAAACACAGGGCAGCAUGUGGUGGAUUUCACCUACUACUCACCACUGCACUGGAUACACUGCUUCAUAUUUGAGGACUCCAAGAAAGUCACACGCAACAAUCCCCUGAGCCUACUUCCUGGUGAAAAGUAUGAGGUCCUGGUGAAGUUCCGAUCGAAACAUGUGGGUAUAUACCGGGCUACGAUGGCUUUCGAGUUCAAGUUGAGCAAGGACCCAAGCUCCACUCCGUUCCACAUUGUGCGCUAUAUUGAAGCUGAGUUCAGCACACAGCUAGCUAGAGAGCUGGCACCCACUGAGCCCUACACACCCUUCAGACUGAGCAGAGACCAAACUAAUGAUUUUACUGUCAUUGAGGGAGAGCGACCUGAAAACCUAGCCAUACAGCAUCUUCAAAAUGAGGUCCUUUUGCUUCACUAUAAAUGCCCAGACUAUGUCGAUGACCUGAUCAACUUUCUGAAAUUCCCACGUUUUCCCAAGGCCUAUCUGCUGCAAAAGAAGUCUCUACUGGAGUCGCCUCUGGAUUUUUGUAACUAUACAGAGCGCUUCCAGCAUCUACUCUACCUGGAGGAACGCCAAAUGGAGGUGGACAUCAAGAAAUAUGACAAGCAUGAUGUCCCCAUGACGAAGGACAGCCACAACAGGAAAUUGUUGGUGCUUGAGGUUCCAGGUGUUUCAGAAAAUCGUCCGUCGGUGUUAAGAGGGGAUCAUUUGCUGCUGACCAAGAAUGAUGACCUGAAUUCACAGCCUAUCACCAAGUACAAAGGCUAUGUGCAUCGUGUGGAGCUUGACCGGCUCAAACUGGGUUUCUCACAGACGUUCUUGGCCAGUUUCAUAGACAACAUGAAGUUUCAGGUGGAGUUCACCAUUAACCGGCUCCCACUGAGACUCCAGCAUCGUGCCGUGCAGCUGGCUGUCCAACACAAGCUUGAAGAGGUGCUGUUCCCUAAAGAAUCAAAUGACCCAAUCCCAAGGACAAAACAUUCACUGAGCCUGUUUGACAGAAAGUUGGAGGAGAACCUUGAGCAAUACACUGCAGUGUGUAACAUUGUAGCUGGUGUGUCUAAGCCGGCACCGUACCUAGUGUUUGGACCUCCUGGCACAGGAAAAACAGUUACUAUGGUAGAAGCCAUUAAACAGGUGGAGAAGUGUUUCCCAGACGUGCAUAUCCUCGCAUGUGCUCCUUCUAACAGCGCUGCAGAUCAGCUGUGUGAGAAAUUACUGCCACAUGUUGACACUCACAAAGUGUACCGAAUGUACGCCAGCAGCCGCAACCCCGACCAAGUGCCCCCCAGUCUGCAGGAUGCUAGUAAUCUUAAAGGUGACAUGUUUGAGUUUCCAUGUAAAGAAGAUUUGAUGAUCUAUAAGAUUGUGGUCACCACUGUGGUUACAGCUGGCAGGCUGGUCACAGGUGGGGUGCCUGCUGGUCAUUUCACUCAUAUCUUUGUGGAUGAAGCUGGCCAUGCAGUGGAGUGUGAGACCAUUAUUGCCAUAGCUGGUCUGCUGCGUGCAGAGACAGGGCAGCUGGUGCUGGCUGGAGAUCCGAAGCAGCUUGGACCGAUUCUAAGGUCUCCAUAUGCUAUCAAAUAUGGCCUUGGUCUGUCACUUCUGGAGAGGCUGAUGACUAAAAAUCCACUCUAUGAGAAGACAGAUACCGGAUUCAACAGCAACUAUGUGACCAAGCUACUGCGCAACUAUAGGUCUCACAAGGCGAUCCUGAAAAUUCCUAAUGAGAUGUUUUAUGAUGGAGAGCUGCAGCCAUGUGCAGAUGAAUUCAGUACCAACUUCUACUGCUACUGGGAACACCUUCCCAAAAAGGGUUUCCCUCUGAUUUUUCAUGGUGUGCCAGGGAAGGAUGUGCGCGAGUUAAACAGUCCGUCUUUCUUCAACACCAGUGAGAUCACCGUCGUCGUUGACUACCUGAAGAAACUGUUGCUGACGCAGGGCAAGAAUUGUGUUGCCAAGAUCUCACCCAAAGACAUUGGCAUCAUCACCCCCUACAGGAAACAGGUGGAGAAAUUGCGGAAGGCCAUCACAAAAUGUGAUAAAGAGCUGAAAGCCUUCAGGGACAUUGAACACCUGAAGGUGGGCUCAGUGGAGGAGUUUCAAGGUCAAGAGAGGAGGGUGAUCAUCGUUUCGACUGUCCGCAGCAGCGAUGAAUACCUCGAAUUAGACUCCAAAUUCAACAUUGGUUUCCUUAAAAACCCAAAGAGGUUCAAUGUCGCUGUGACACGAGCCAGGUCUCUGCUCAUUGUUGUGGGAAACCCUGUCAUCCUCAGUACCGAUACUAACUGGUGCAAGUUUAUUGAUUACUGCACUGAAGAGGAAGGCUGUACUGGUUUGAAGCGCAGCUCUGUAGAGGGCACAGAAGAAGUGGUGGCUCGGCUCAUGGCCCUCAACAUCCAUACAGUGGCUGAAGUGGACACUGAAGAAAGUGUCAUCCAGCAGUAUGAAAACCCAGAGUGGAGGAAUGAACAGUAACUCGCUCUCUCUCUCUCUCUCUCUCUCUCUCUCUCUCUCUCUCUCUCUCUCUCUCUCUCUCUAUCUAUCUAUCUAUCCAAAUUUUGAAGCUCCAAAUAGCACUCACCGAUCCAUUUCAAAUAUGUGAGAUUUGGGGACUGUGCUGUAGUAUAAUUGGUAACUGUGGUAGUAAUCUGUUUAAGGUCAGAGAUUAUGUUUAAUGACAGUAUUACUCAGGGCAUGUUUGGUAUCAUUUUUAUCCAUAUUUCACACACACACAGCCCUGGUUUGCAUGGGAGACAUUCUUCCUUUGUUCCCACCGACUCAUUCUCAGGAACUUAAUUAACAUAUAGUUCCUAAUCCUAAUCAGUGCCUGACUGUAUUUAUAUGGUUAAUCCAAAGCUAAAGUUUACUAAGCUAAAGUUGUAGUAUAUUAGACACGUUAAAAUCGACCUCUGAAAGUUAAUGUAAAAGGCUACUACUUGCAAGUUUAAAUGAAACCUCUGACAAGUAAAAAGGAAAGACCUAGGCUUGCACGUUGAUAUAAAACUCUGAGCUGACAAAAUAAUUGUUUAUUAUAGGCUAUAUAAAAGCCUCUGACUAGGGACGUCAUUUUAUGAUGAAAGCUUAGCAUGAAACUGUUUUAGCUUAAAUAUAAUCCGAACACUGUGGUAUUAAACUUCUAGCACUAAUUAGAAGAUUAUUCUUUGGAGUCAGAUAAUGAAUUAAAUGGAGUCAGAUAUAUAAGUCAUAAAUUAAAACAUGCAUUCAACCUUUGGCUGCACAUAUUUCUGUGCUUGGUUAUAGGAGAGCAGUGGGCUAAGUAGUAAACCCUUUAUAUUUUAGCCCUACAGUGCAGGAUACUAUUCAAUUCGAUUUUAUUUACAUAGCAGCUUUACAGAAAAGCUACAGCACGAAAGCAAUGAAAAUUCCCUAGCGUGUUUCUGAAAGCGUUCAGUAGCGAUACAUGCCUUGUGACAUAGUGCUUUGCUAUGCUGAAUGCAUCUGUGCGUGUCUUGAUACGCAGUAGCCAUAAAGGAAUAAAGGUGGGCAGCAGUGAUGAGCAGGUAACCAGACUGAGUAUACGCUGGGAUUACUAUCAUAAAGCAUUUCUAUUCACCAAGAUCCCUCGUUUCACCCAUUCCAGACCCCUAAUCUCUAGCUGAUGCUAGAAUUGCUAGUUUAGACAUAUGACUAGUAGUUUGUGUGAAGGUAAACUAAAAGGUGUAGCUAUUAAUCUGCCAAAUAGUCCAAAUUACAAGAAACUUUCACAAUAUUUCUCAAUAUGAUACCAGGACAUAAUAUUUGAGAAAUUAUAAAACCAUAUAAUAACCGAUUUAAUUGAUAUAUAAUAAAUCAAUUUCCAUAAAUUUAAUACCUGCUCUUUGAAUGUAUCAAUUUGCAUCAUUUAUGAAGUGACUUUCAGGAUUAAUUAUUUACAAAAAAUUAACAUAUUUUCCUGAGCAUCCUCUAUAUUCCCUAAAUUGUAUAUUUAUUAAGACAGACAUGCAAAUCGGGUGCUUUAUUUUGCUUAUUUGAAAGACGCGAUCGCCUUUAGAAUGUGAGUAAAUAUGUUUGCACGUUUUUUGUAGGUUUUAUCAAAUGUGCAUUUAUUUUUUGCACAUACAAACUUUUAAUAAAUCAGGGCCUUCAUCAGCCUUCAUUCUUUCUUCUAUCCCUGACCCUUCCUCUAGUGCCGCCUGGUGGCCAUGCAUCAUAAAUAGCUGCAUUACAUGUACAUGUUCUGCCUCCAUUUUUUUUGUGCAAGUCCAUAGAAGCUGCAGAUCAUUUAUUAUGAAUUAUGAAUACUUGUACAACAUAAAUGAUUCAGAAUUAUACUUAAACAUCACUUGAAUAUUGAAUAUAAUUACAGAUCAUUGACAUUUGUUGAAAUGACAUUGCAGUGACCAUCUACCAUCAGUGCCAUCAGAAUGAAAUUUUAUGAUCUAUGCAGAGAUUUUAUUAAUCAGGAUUUAUAUAUAUAUAUAUAUAUAUAUAUAUAUAUAUAUAUAUAUAUAUAUAUAUAUAUAUAUAUAUAUAUAUAUAUAUAUAUAUUUGUUAAGAGUUUGGUAUCUGGAAUGUUUGAGGAUGAUUUUGACUUUAUCUGGACACUGUGUCUAUAAGAUAAGAGUUGGAAUCUCAUUAAUAAAAUGUAAUACAAUGUUUAUCAGUUGUUUUGAGUUUGCUUUGAUUAAGUAUAAUAUUUAAAAAGUUACUUAAAUACACAUUUAGCUUUUCUGACUAGACAUAGCCUUACACAGAGUCACCACUGUGUCAUGCCCCAGGUUUUUUCUUUUUCUUUUUUCUUUCAUACACAGGUCGUAGUUUCACUGGUCUGAAAAUAUGUUCUUAAAUUUUUGAGAUACGGAGUUGAGAGCUUUCCUUUGCUAUGCAGAUGAAUAUAAAAUAUCACCCGAGGCCCAAAAGUGCUAUUAUUUACACCCUUACUAAACAUGAUGUUUUUGUGUGUGUGUGUGUGUGUGUGUGUGUGUGUGUAAUGAGCAAUUUCCUUUUCGUCUCUUGCCACACUUUGCUCAAGCUGCUGGCUGUCAUUUUCUUCUCAUCUCUGAGUUUCUGCUGUCUUCAUUCUCUUUUUCACAUUGACAGAGUUUUCUAAUAAACCAAUAAAUAUCAAUCAACUAACCAGUUAAAAUUAAUUGAUUGAUAAAAUAAUUAAACAGUGACUUAAUCAGUCUUUAACAUCUGAUAGUCUAGAUCAGUGGUUUUCAAAGUGGGGGCCUCCAGGGGGCACCCGGGGGGGCCUCAACAAUUUGGUGUGCCCAUCCCUCCCACUAGUAUGUUUUCUCUUUCUCACUCUCAGACAAACACACACACACACACACAAUCAAUUCCUAAUGUAAUGUAAAUAUGUAAUUAUUAAUUUUAAAAGG